CCUACUUCGGUUCUAUAGCCUAGACACGGGGUGAAUGGAGCCGCCGCCGCCUUUGGGUGCAGAUCUGGCGAUCACGUUGCGAAGAAGAAGAAGAAGAAGAAGAAGAAAUGGCGACGAGCAAUCAGGGCCGUCUAUUCUCAUCAAUCAUCAAGCUAGCCGCUUCGAAAUUGGGGCUUUCGCACGCCGGAUCCGAGUCGCUAGGUCGUUCGUCUUCGGACUCGGCGAGGCGACUCAUCUGCUAUUCGACUCGACAUCAACAACGAGAAGACCAAGCCAACCCUGACAAGGUAGAAAGAGGCGAAUCGAAAGAAAUUGAAGAGAAGAUUAAAGAGGAAAUAGGCCGGGGGGAAAACGAAGACGAUGGAGACGAGCUUGAUAUCAACCGAGACACCGGCGAGGUAGGAGGGCCUAGAGGUCCAGAGCCCACCCGAUACGGCGAUUGGGAACGAAACGGUCGAUGCUACGAUUUCUGAUCGAUUCAGGGACUGGCUAAUUGAGGUUAGCGUUGUUAUCUCGGUUUUGCUUAUGAUAAGAUCAGACGAAGACUCUCGAUGAAAAUCAAUCAUAUCACGGUCGGGCUUUAGUUCUUACCUGUUUCUCUUUCUGUUGAUGUACUGAUAUGUUUUUGCAAUCCUUUUAGCUUGUGUACAACUUGAAUUUUGAUAUGACGAAAUGAAAAAGAAUUUGUAAAACGAUUUCAUUUUCGUUUUCUUUUCUCAAAA